CCCACCAUUCUGCUCACAACACCCACCACAAUUGAGCUCGAGCACUGCGAAAUUCAACGCGACUACAUUGCAGUCAUAUCUCGCACUGCACUGUCUUCAGAUUUACCAAACGAACCCUCCCGGCGCCAGCUGUAGGAGCCAUGGCGGCCUCCCUCGCGUGCCUGCAGGCGCGUAUCGACACCUUCUCAGCGCCCGCCACUUCCAAAUCCAGGCGAACAUCCUCAAAAUCAAAGAAAGCGCCCUCCAAACCGAAGAGCGCUUGGCCUUUGGCGCUGCCGUCAGCACACGACCUGGCCUUUGCUGGAUUCGUCUGGAAGCCCACAACAGCCAGCCCAGACAAUGUUCAGUGCUUCUCAUGUCACUGCCAGCUUGACGGUUGGGAAGAGAACGACGUUCCUGCUUACGAACACCUUACGCACUCCCCAAGCUGCGGUUUCGCGGUCGUCACAUGCAUUCGCCUGCGCACCGGAGACCCGGGCAGGAGCGAAGAUGAUCCCAUCUCAGACGCGAUGAUGCAGGCGCGUCGCGAUACGUUCGGCGAAUCGUGGCCUCUCGACAGCAACGAGGGAUUCCCAAGCAUCGAACAGUUGGUAGAAGCAGGCUGGUACUAUGACCCAACACUGGACACACCUGAUGGCGCCACCUGCGCAUACUGCUCCCUCUCCCUGGACGCAUGGGACGUUGGCGACGAUCCAAUGGAAGAGCACCGACGACGUGCGCCCGACUGUCUGUUCUUCGCACUCAAGGAACUGUACCACCCUGCGCCAAAAGCUGCCUCUAAGAAGGGCAAACGCGCAUCUACACGCACCUCAACCGCCAGCACAGCCUCGAAAACCCGCGGCAAAAAGCGCGCCAGCGAGCAAAUCGACGACUCGAUCUCUAGUGUUGUUGAAAAGCCUACACGUCGCAAGAAGCGCACAAGUGAGCAAAUUGACGAUACCAUCGAGGCAGUCAAGCCCAAAGCUACGCGCGGAAAGAAGCGCGCAAGCACGCAGAUCGACGACACAGUUUCCAGCGUUACAGAAAAGCCCACACGCGACAGGAAGCGCGCAAGCACGCAGAUCGACGACACCAUCGACAUUGUCAUUGAGAAGGCCACACGUGGCAAGAAGCAUGCUACCGAACAAACUGACAGCACCAUGGACCAUGUCAAGGAGGAGCAACCUUCUGCACUCGCACCCGCACCGAAAUCCAAAGCCAAGAAGGCUGCGCCUAGAGCUAAGCGUGCCUCAACCGCGAGCACCACCACGAAGUCACGCGGCAAGAAGCGCACUAGCGAACAGAUCGAAGACACUGAUGUCGUCGAGACUUCACCGAAGCGCAUAAGACACAGCAGCGUCUCCAGCUUCCCUGACUCUCUGCUCGCCGGUACACCUAAGAGGGCACCCACAGAGUUGGCAGGACCCGAGGCAUUGGAAGUCGAGCAAGCAGAACCUGAGAUGGAGGACCUGGAGGCCGAUAUCUCAAGUCUACCCGCAUCUCUCCUUGUUGGAACCCCCAAGAAGACGCCGACAAGGAGAAUGACCCCUGAAGACGUUCAGCAGGCCCAGGAAUGGGAUCCUGUUGACAUCGACGCAUUCUUCGGCAACACCGACGAACUCCAAGCUUUCAUGAACGACGUUGUCAUCGACGCUGGUCUUGACGCAAUUGUGCCGGCUGGAGCCAUCGCUGAGGACCUCCAGGCUGCUGUGUUGGACGGACUCACCAAGUCUGAGAAGGAGAUGUCGGUGGAGCAGUGGGUGUUGUACAACGCCAAGAGGGGCGAGGAGAAGUUGAGGCAGGCGUGCGAGAAGCAGAUUUUGGCAUUCGAGGUGCAGGCGAUGCGAGCAAGGGCGGCUAUUGAGAGCCUGCCAAUAUACUGAGAUGGCUACAAUUGGGCAUUGGGACGGAGUUCUGUCGUUGAUUAUGAUACCCCGGAGGCAUUCAGGAGUUCUGGGAUUGGCUUUUGGGCUUGGGUCUUGUAUAGCUGUGGUCUUAUAGUUUAGUAGCAUCCCAGCCCCUCCUCGAGGCUUGAGGUGAUCCUAGUUGUAGCCGCCCGCAAGGGCUGGCUCCUAGGUGAUCCAACAUAGCCAGUCGAGGGGUGGAUCGAAGCGAAAGCA